UCCAAUAGCCGCAGCACUGAAGUCUGAGGCAAGUGGGAGUAAAGACAGAGGAGAGUCCGAGUGCAUAGCAGGACGGAUACUGCUCGUUUUAAGAGUUUCAACAAGUUUGGGACGGUGCUGUGCUUGGACUUUUGUUUGCAGAAACGCAAUAGAAGGUGAGAAAACCUGCAGCGCAGACAAAGCGAGCUGUCUGCAGAGACACACAAACUUCCCAACAUCUGGUGUAGUGCUGGAGGACGGGGCGAGCCGGAGAGAGAAACUUUUAGAGGCGGAGAGAAAAAAAUAUCCUUGCUGGAGAAAAAUGCAUUGAAUUUGGGAGUUUGGGACACCUACAUGAGUCGAAAAGAGAUUUGGUGGUCGUAUAAAGUGAGAAGAGUGGAGGGAAAGAGGACGGUAAAGGUCUUGGAGGGCGAGAAGUCCACCUGGAGCGGCCAGAGAAUGAAUUAGCCAAAGGUUUGGCUGCACCGUGUCCCAGCCAGAGAGAAGGCUCACUCCCUUCCACCUCUUCCCAUAAGAGCCAGGCCUACGCCCAUGGAUGAGGAGAGGGGUGCCCCCGCCAUCUCCCCAGAGCCACCUGAUGAUGGGGACCCCAGUCCACCAGAUCCACAACCCAGUUCGCACGCAACCUCAACCACAGAGAAAACAAACAGCUGCCCAAACCCAAAGCCAUCCUCUAAUGCAGAUGUGGCCCACACCUAUACUGAGCCCCUCAUAUUGAGGGUAAAUGGCACCCCAGAAAGGUUGCAUGGCGAUGAUGGAGAAAAGUGGAACAGGAGCCUCUCACAUACAGAGCUCACAACACCCAGCAAGAGUAUCACAUCUCAGCCAGCAGCCAGAUCCACGCCCACCCACCACACCCAGCCAUGUCGGACACAGCCCAGCAGCCAACUGCGCAAUGGAGCCAAGCACCACGCACACACGCACUCCCCUCACACACACUGUCCGCAUCACACGCACACGCCUCACACACAUGCCCUCCAGUCCAACGGGGUCAGGAACGGGGGCUCUCAUGAGCACCCUAAGCUGGGGUCCCUCCCGAGAGGCGGAUCUUCCACCUCCUCGUCCUCUUCAGCAGGACCUAAACACACCAAGAAAUUGCAGUCCAACCCCUCCAUCACCUCCCAAAGCAGCAAGAGAAGCAAGAGCAGCUCCAAGAGCAACAGCUCCCAGAUUCCCACAGAGGCACAGGACGACUGCUGUGUUCACUGUAUUCUGGCCUGCCUCUUCUGUGAGUUCUUAACUCUGUGUAACAUCGUGCUGGACUGUGCCACCUGCGGCUCCUGUGCAGGGGACGACUCGUGUUUCUGCUGCUGCUGUGCGUCGGAGGAGUGUGGCGACUGUGACCUGCCCUGUGACAUGGACUGUGGCAUCAUCGACGCCUGCUGUGAGUCUGCAGACUGCCUGGAGAUCUGUAUGGAGUGCUGCAGCCUUUGCUUCUCCUCCUGAGGCCCCUAUCCACCACCACAGGGGGCAAAGUAGUUGUCUGCUACACACUCCCACAAGCCCAGGACCAACUUCGACCAGUGUCUUAUCAGAGCUGAGAGACGCUACACCCAGUCCUUGUUGCCUGGGCUCGUUGGUUUACACUAUAUUGGCUGGUCUAGUUGGCUCCACAAUAUGUCCAAUGUUUCUUACAGGGUUUGUCAAGCAAAAGAUGUGACCUAAUGCUGAGAGCAGUCACUGGUGAAUUCUUCCUUCCUUUAUUGAUCAAACGAUUGGACAGUAGCAUCCCCUGCCUUGUCUUUGCUGUUGGUCCAUUGCUACACAGCUGGGUAUAUGGUGCAGAGUGAGUUCCAGCUGUGGUCCACGAGUGUCUGCCAGCCUGUGCAGACCGGGCCUCUGGACACUCACAGAACAAGCUAUUAUUACAAUGGAGCCCCUUGUGCUGUCUGAAUGACUGGAGUUCUCCAAGCAUGAAAAAUGACCUCCAAAGGCAAAUGAGAAAAUGGCUCCAUUUAACCGGAUUUUAGUGUUUCUGUAGAUAAGAGCAGCAGCAUAAUGGGAAAAUGGACGCUCAGAUCUCAGUAGAAAUGUAGUCUGUCCUCCUGUCCUAGGCAAGGUUAAAGUCUUCCAGUUUGAUUGCAUAGAGUGGCCUUUGCGAUACACACACACACACACACACACACACACACACACACACCCUAAGUGGAGGAUGUUGAAUCCACUGCUGUCUUUGUCCUUGUUACAAUGUAUAAGAUAGAGAAAACAUUAAUGGUGGCUUGUGGCAAUAUUACAUACAAAUUUCUUUUGUUUAUAUGCAUCUCACUUAAAGGUCCAGUGUGUAGGAUUUAGAAGCAUCCAGUGGUAUAGUUGCUGAUUGCAACUCCCUCACUCUCCCCCCCUCUAAGCCCAAAUGAGGUGGUUUGUCCGUUCUGGAAACACAACAAUUCUUCUUUCAGGUAAUUGUACACUAAUGAAAACAUACCUAUAUUAUAGGUAUGUAUAUAUAUUCCAUUUCUGCCGAUAGAUCCUCCUAAAUGUUACACCCUGGACCUUUAACAGACCUAUUCAGAGAACCAUGAGAGCGUUAUGCAUCAGCCUGAAGAUGGGUCCCAUUAAAUGAGUAUAUUGUACAUGAUGGACAUCGCAGAGCGAAUGGUUGAUAGCAUCUGUCAUGGACACAUUCUCUACUGUAACAUGUGAAGGGAGAGAGUUCUUAAUCAAAAGCCUCUCCUCAUUUAAUGUUCUACAUCAUGUUUACUUUUACAUGUUUACUUUGAGGGGCUUUGGCUGUAUUCAUUGAAUUCUUCCUCAUCUGAAUGGUCAGAACUGGUAAAGGACUUGUAGAGGAUUGGAAGGCUCUUUUAAAAAAAAAGUAAAUUUUCUUUUUCUUUGUUGUUCUUGCUAUGUGAACAAAUGGCCUUGGCUUAGCUUAAGGCCUGAAUUUUCAAGUAAUUCCUCGCCUUUACCAAAUCUCUAUUAAUCCUUAUUUUGUAGAUUUUAGUUAAGAUAUUUGCAUUUCUCCUCCAAUGUGAAAAUCAAAUUUCUGUGUUAUCGGGUUUGCCGGGCUCUCUGUAAAGCAGACAUUGCUCAACAUCUAAUUUAAUUCAUUGAAUGAAAAUCUCACGACAUUAUGCUAAGUUAGAUCCAUAUGCUCGUAGUAUGAAUGGUACGCUUUUGAUAACAGGCCCGCACUCUCAUAUUCAUACCUUCUCCAACCCAAUACCUCUUGAGAUGUCACCUAGAUCUGUUGUGCAUUUUAAAAUGACUUGGCACAAAUCUUUCUCCUCUCUGAUCAAAUACUGUUUGUGCAAUCCUUUUUUCUUGGAAAUACCAAAGAGUUUUCCUCUUACUGGACCUUAGUCUCUAGACCUAUAAUUGCUUGUACAUUAAAGGGUUUGUGCUAAGCUAAUGUGGCGGUGGUUGAUUAAACCCUAUUUUAAGGGCUAAUAUAUAACACUGUUGAUUAAGAAUUUACACUAAGGCUGUAAAUCAACCUGAUAACAAGCAAAACAUUUCUGGGAAUCAACUAAUGCAACUUGGGAAGACAUUAUGACUCUCCUUAUGUAAAUGUGUUUCAAAUUUUGGGACAUGUUCAAACUCAAAUGAAACAAAAUCCUGGAGAGCCCUGGAAAACAAUGCAAUUCUUUACAGUACAGAGAGAUUUAUGAAGGGAGAACUGGAUUAUAUAAUAUUAUGUAUAGAAGUGAAAACAAUGUAAUUUGUAUGGAUUUACAAUAUUUUCCAAGUGCAGAUUCUAGUGCUGGUGCUUCAUCUAGGGAGAUUUUCUCUGUCACCUGACAAACCUUGCAACAAAAAGAAUAGGAGUGCUUUGUGAGAAAUAUCUGGGGUUUGUGCAAGGAUAACCCAUGUGGGUUUAAACCAAAAAAAAAAAAAAACUCCUUCCUUAUCAACACUGGGUAUCAACAAAAGGUCAAGCAUUACAAAUAAUAAAAACAGUUUUGAACCACUGGAAUAUAAUAAAUACUCAAUGAGCCUACAGAUGUUAGUUAGCAACAAACUAAUGUUAGCAUAAAAGGUCUCCACUGUUGGCAGUGGCAAGGCUACUCUGCCGACAGAGUUAAAAUAAACAGUUCACCUUGCUUUCAUGCAAACUGUUUUGUUAAGGCAAGCAGGAAUAUGAAUACAUAUUAUCAUAUGUUUCCUACUGGCUCAUUUUACUGCUAAAACAAUAGGUUCACUGUUUUAACCCAACCCAAUUGACAUGUUGUUUCCUAUCAUUUAUGGCUGUGCAUAACCACAACCUCACUAACUCCAGCUCAAGUUUCAGGCAGUCGUUUAGGCCUUCAAAACCAGGAUAAAUCCAGUUUUCAUAAAUGGUAAGCUCACAGACAGGCUUAUCCGUGGUCUCAAACCUUGCUCUCUGUUAUGUUGAAUCUAUUUUAUUUUGAUCAAAUUCCAGCACAGAUGUAACUGGAGAAAUAAAAUCAACAAACACCUACCUGUGACAGACAGCAUGGUUUUGAAACUUUCUCUUUAGGAGUAGAUCAUAUAAACACGUCUGGUUUCCAAAAGUAGCUUCACCUGGGUUUUUAAAGAGAUACAAAAUUCUCCUGAUGGGACUGUAGAAGUGCAGAGUGGUAAGCCAGUCAAUACUACAGCUAUUUUAAUAAGGGGUUAGUUGAAAAACAGUGAAUGAAUCAUUUAAGUUUAAUUUAAUGAUGUUGGAAUUAUUUUUUAUGACGUACUCAUUAAAUACUACUUAAUGUCUAUACUGAGGAGUGCUUUACAAUUCGUGAGGAAUGGAGGCAGUCUGGAGGGACAGAAAAAUCUAAUUGGUUGGUCUGGACAUAGAAAGUCCCCAGAUGAACACCGGUCUUGCAUUUAAACCAUUCUUUGGAUUUUAGAAAUGAUUUGAUGUUGUGUCUGUACCAGACAGGUCAUUGUCUCAUUUCCAUAUAUUUCCCUCAAGCUAUUUCAGUAAUACUGGAAGAAAAAAACAAGUUUACUUUCAAUGUCUCAGUAUUAUUUUUUGUGAGAAUUACUUUGACCACAGAAAUGUCUAACUGUUGACUUUCAUGGAUUUUUUUUAUCUUAUAAUGAGAUGGAAUUUGGAUAUUGAUUUAAAGGGCUGGUCACCUCUGCUAGCACUCUGAAAGUUAUCCUAGCCCAGCUGAAUUGUUACUAGACUGUUAGUCCACUAUAAUGUCAUUUUGUUUACACUACCCCCAUUAUUGUCAAUUUGAAUUGCUGUCCUGGAAGUCACAUUAAAAUCUCUUUGUUUAAUACUGAAUAAACAAUGUGA